AUGACCGAAGGGAGCACUUCCCCUGCCGACAGCGACGUGGGCAUGCUUCCGGCGUCGCCAAACCCGAGCUUGUUCAGCUUGCUCAAUGGCUAUCGUACCAGCAAGCUGCUGAUGGCCUCAAACCCCGAACAAGAUGCCAUUGCUCCAUCGCCAGUGGUGGGCUCUGAGGACGUCUACCGCCACCGGUGCCACUUGGCGCUGUCACUGCCGCCUCCUAUACCAUCAGAGGCGCUGACUAGUGCUGAAGAUUUGACUGAAAUUGAUAGCGUGGGGGGAUCCCAGCCGGAAAUGGCCACCAGUCUUCUCCGCGACGACCAGGUGGCCGAGCUCGAGAAACGCGUCCUCCAUAACGCCAAAACGAUUAACCUGAGGGAUUUGCUUAUGACUAAGCCUCAAAAGAGACCGCUGGUGGUGCUUUUAUCCGAACCAGAUGAGGAUAUCAUGAUUUUGGAUACUCAAACAAAACUGCCCCAACCGGCAAUAUCCAAAGCUUCUACCCAUAAAAUCACUCUCAAGUUAACACCGGAGGCACUCAUGCUGAUUACCGAGCCUAACCCGUUGAAAGUUAAAGGCUCUGGCCCCAUUUGCGGCGGCGGGGGUGGCGGCGAGUCGAUACUUGCCCUGAUGAUGCGGCGACCCCGCAAACGCCAUAUGGUGACGUUGAAAGUGAACUCGGCUGCUUUGAAACAAGUUGCCGAUAGUGCUAACCCGCUAAAGGUGAAAGGAACAGGCCCCCGGUCGCUGCUGGCCCUGAUCUUCGCCCUGAUGAUGAAGUCGCUGGCCGAUAGCGCCAUCAAGAAAACUGCAUUGCAGAAGCUUACUGAGCUUUUGCCACCACCGAUAACUCGUGACCAACUCCACGUUAUCGGUGACGACUUGACACUACCGCAUUUACCCUUACCGUUGCCUUUACGGGACCCAGUCCCCAUAUUAGUUGAUGAUGACGAUGACGAAGUCUUUAGUUUCCCUCAAUUGAGUCAACUGGACCCGGCGAGGUUUAAUUAUACGGCUUACAAACAGACUAAUCUCGCCCAGUUGGUCCAGGAACGCAUCCCCGAUAUACGCCACCACCCGUGUCUCAUGGCCAUUUUCAACCGGUUUAUCAAUCGGUUCACUGCUAAAUCAACCGACGGUGAUAAUGAUGAGCUCUGGGUGAACAAGUACGCUCCUCACCGCAUGGAGGAACUGCUUGUGGCCGAACACCCUCGCCACACGAUUAAAGCCGCCAUUUGUUCUGCAUUCGAAAGACUUAAAAGUCUGAGUCUUAGAAAGCCUCGUAAUGAGCUUAUAAUUGAGCGCCGCCGUCGGGAACAGAAGCGGCUAGCCCUGCUUGGUGGCUUUGUCGUCGACGACUACGGUACCGGUAAUGAACAAUUAACGGAUGACGAUGACGAUAUCUUUCUUCCCAUAAUCAUUAUUCAUGGCCGUGUGGGUGUGGGGAAGUCAACAGCAGUGUACACAGCGAUGCGGGAACUCAAGGGCCACGUCCACGAGAUCAAUACGGGGAUGGCCAGAGGAAGAAGGGAUAUCAAUACUACUUUAAAGGAGUAUUGUACCACGCAUACUGUACAUCGCAAAGACGGCAAAACUGCUUCGUUUAAGCAGGGGCUCGUGCUUCUAGAGGAUACACACAUCCUCUUUGAACAGGACCGCACUUUCUGGCAACUGGUGACGGAGAUGGUAAACAUCCUGCGACGUCCCAUUGUUAUUACUUGUGAACUGCUUGAUAACAUUCCUCGCCAGUUGAUUGAGUACGCCAGUGAGGAGAACGCCGUGAUUGAUAUGGAAUUCGUCACUGACUUUAAACUUGUGGAGCAGUACUUGUGGCUCUGUGGAGCCUGCGAGGGUUAUGACGUUGACUCGUCAGUGCUUAGAGCCGUCAUUGACAACGCCCAUACCUCUCAUUUUGACCUCAGAUGGGCGUUGAUGACGCUCCAGCUGGUGUGUCUUUCCUCGAAGCGGAAACCAGGGAAAUUGGUCUCAGUGGAGCACGGCUGGUCCCUGCCCCCUCAACCGAUCCCCGAAGACUUGGGUGGUCUCCACCAGUGGCUUGAGCUUGCUCUGGCGAGCGAUGUCAUUGAUACGAAUAUGCUUUCGCUGUACCCUCACCAGCCACAAGUCAAUGAGCUUGUCGAUAUCUAUGUCAUCCCAGAGCCUAAAUUACGUCCUUCAGUGACUGAUACUGAGCUCAAUAUUGGCCACCAUUUAGCCACCACCCUCGGUUGUGACCGCCACCCGUCAGUACCUACAUUUGGGUCAAUAAACCAUAUCCGCGAGCCUACGAACGACUUCAUUGGUCUGCGACAACGGCGUACCCCUAAGUUUAUGGAGGGGUUUUUUGUUGCUCGCAAGACUCGCUCACUGACGCCUGACGACCAAAGCUUCGACUUUGACCUGGCCUACGCCAACGCCGCCGACACUACGGGGGUGGCCGAUAGCCUGUGUUUAUGGUGGACACCUAAUAGUGCCUAUAUCACGGAUAUCCUCCCCGUUGCUACUGAUUGGGUGAGAUUUCAACAGUUCGUGGCCAGCAACGACAUCCCCGACCACUACCGGCGGUUUCGGCUGGAUGGGAUUAAUCUCUUCGACUUCUCCCACUGUCCCGACCGCGCCUAG